AUGUUUUUAUUGUGUUUUGCCCUUUGUUGCAGCCAAUCUAAACCGCCAAGAUGGGUAAGGGUAACAAUAUGAUUCCGAAUCAGCACUACCACAAGUGGUGGCAGCGGCAUGUGAAGACCUGGUUCAACCAGCCGGCCCGCAAGAUCCGGAGGCACGCGAACCGCGUCAAGAAGGCCAAGGCCGUCUUCCCCCGCCCCGCCAGCGGUGCCCUGCGCCCAGUGGUGCGUUGCCCCACCAUCCGCUACCACACCAAGCUGCGUGCCGGCCGUGGUUUCACCCUGGAGGAGCUGAAGGGAGCAGGCAUUGGCGCCAGCUUCGCCAAGACCAUUGGCAUCGCCGUCGACCGUAGGCGCAAGAACAAAUCCCUGGAGUCCCGCCAGCGCAACAUUCAGCGCCUCAAGGAGUACCGCAGCAAGCUGAUCCUGUUCCCCCUCAACGAGAAGAAGAUCCGCAAGGGCGAGUCCACCGUGGAGGAGUGCAAGCUGGCCACCCAGCUUAAGGGCCCCAUCAUGCCCAUUGUCAAUGAGCAACCCGCCGUGGUCGAGUUCCGUGAUGUGACCAAGGAGGAGAAGAAGUUCAAGGCCUUCGCCACGCUGCGCAAGGCUCGCACUGACGCCCGUUUGGUCGGCAUCCGCGCCAAGCGCGCCAAGGAGGCCGCCGAGAGCGAGGACGCCGCCAAGGGAGACCCCAAGAAGGCAAAGAAGUAAACCGCAUCUAGACCUUUUCGUUCUGUCUUUAACAUCAACACCCAGAAUAAAAUAUUAGUUUUUUCUUAAACGUGAA